CACAAGUGCACCACCGGGGUGACUGCAUCAGGAGACAACUGUCAAAAAAAAUGGCCAAUAUGCUGAGGUCGUUAGUGAUGCUUGCAGCGCUCGUCGUCUGCCUGCUGGUGUGUUUGAGCAGCUUCGCGGACGCCUACCCUCCCAAACCGGAGAGCCCGGGGAGCAACGCCUCGCCAGAGGAGUGGGCCAAAUACCACGCAGCUGUCAGGCAUUAUGUCAACCUCAUCACCAGACAGAGGUAUGGGAAGAGGUCGACCCCUGACCAGGCGGUGGCGUGGCUGCUGUUUGGGGCUGAUUCAAGCCAAGACACUGAACCACGCUUGGACUAUAGCGAUCAGUGGUAAAUGAGCCCAGUGUUAACCCUUAAUGACCCCCCAUCCCACCCCAAUCCUUUGAUUCACCAACAAUAAAAAAAAAACACUGAAAUUCUUAAGAGACAACCUGCACUUGACUUUGUGUAUUUAAUUAUUUAAUGUGCAUGCAAAUCUUUCUCUCUCUCCCUCUCUGAUUGUCUUCCUCUCUAAGUAGACUAUAAACAUUUUAC